CCUCGCCCCAGAGCUGCAGAGUGCCCGCGCUGCGCCCGCCCGCCGCUCUCCCCGCCUGCAUCCGGCCGCCCAGGGGCGCGCAGACGCUGCCGGCUGCUCUCGGGCUCCAGGAGGGCGGACCGCAGGGCCUCGGUCACGGGAGCUGAGGGCCUGGGAGGCCAGUUCUCCGGGGCGCCCGGGGCAGCCUCGCCGCCGGCCCUCCUCACUGGAAGGAGACGCUGCGGAGCGUUGGCGGGGACCUGCUGGGGCCUGAGCUCUCCAGCCAGCCAGCCCCGGAGGGGCAGCAUCACGGCGGACUCUGCCCCUUCCAGGUGACUCCCAGGAAGGCAGAGGGGGACUGCAUCCCUGUCGUCAUCCCUCCCAAUCGAGAGGAAAGGCUCCUCUUGGGCAAAACUUCGAUUUCCCUGUGCGUCUAACUCGGAGUGUGCAAGAUCUGCCAAAGCAUAGAGGGUUUCAUUUUUCACUUGCUGGUGUUUGAGGAAAACUGCAAGGAGUGAGUGGUAGGAGGAGGAAGCUUAUAAACUUCGGGAGUGGGGACCUCUUCUUGGAAGUGACAAGUAGCCUCAGACCUACGGUUCCUGGGCCAGUGACUUUGUCCUUUGCUUGGACACUCUGAAGGGUCUGGACGCUGCCACAUGACCCACACCAAAGACCCCAGGAGAGCCAUGGAAUCCACGCUGGCGCCAUCCAGUUCUGCCAUGGGCCCGGUCACCUUCUCCCACGUCUUUGGUCAGCAGUGCCAGCUCAUGGAAGCAGCUGUGCAGUCACUCCACACCCUAAAUGACCAGAUAUCCCAUUUUAUUGUCACCAAGUCGAAGGCACUGGAAGAAGACAAAGACCCCUUUCUACCCACUGAGAAAGAGACUCUGAAGAGUUCCAUGAUACUGAUGAGGCACCUCUUAAUGGAUGCUCAGGCCAAAAUCCUGAGCAUGAUGGAAGACAAUAAGCAGCUCGCGCUCCGCAUCGAUGGGGCGGUCCAGUCGGCCAGCCAGGAGGUGACCAACCUGCGAGCCGAACUCACGGCCACCAACCGGAGACUGGCGGAACUGAGCGGCGGCGGCGGCCCGGGCCCGGGCCCGGGAGCAGCGGCCAGCGCCUCGGCGGCGGCGGCGGACUCGGCGGCGGCGAACAUGGAGAACCACCAGCACGGCGCGCAAGUGCUCCUGCGGGAAGAAGUGUCUCGACUCCAGGAGGAAGUCCACCUUCUCCGCCAGAUGAAGGAGAUGUUGACGAAGGACCUGGAGGAGUCCCAGGGCGGCAAGUCAUCCGAGGUCCUCUCAGCCACCGAGCUCAGGGUCCAGCUGGCCCAGAAGGAGCAGGAGUUAGCCAGAGCCAAAGAAGCCUUGCAGGCCAUGAAAGCCGACCGGAAGCGCCUGAAGGGCGAGAAGACCGACCUGGUGAGCCAGAUGCAGCAGCUGUAUGCCACGCUGGAGAGCCGCGAGGAGCAACUGCGCGACUUCAUCCGCAACUACGAGCAACACCGCAAGGAGAGCGAGGAUGCCGUCAAAGCCCUGGCUAAGGAGAAGGACCUGCUGGAGCGCGAGAAGUGGGAGCUGCGGCGCCAAGCCAAGGAGGCCACGGACCAUGCCACGGCGCUGCGCUCCCAGCUGGACCUCAAGGACAACCGGAUGAAGGAGCUGGAGGCCGAGCUGGCCAUGGCCAAGCAGUCCUUAGCUACGCUGACCAAGGACGUCCCCAAGCGGCAUUCACUUGCCAUGCCGGGGGAGACGGUGCUCAACGGCAACCAGGAGUGGGUGGUGCAGGCCGACCUCCCGCUGACCGCGGCCAUCCGGCAGAGCCAGCAGACUCUGUACCACUCACACACACCCCACCCUGCAGACCGGCAAGCGGUCAGGGUGAGCCCCUGCCACUCCCGGCAGCCCUCUGUCAUCUCCGACGCAUCUGCCGCCGAAGGAGACCGGUCGUCCACGCCCAGCGACAUCAACUCCCCUCGACACCGGACACACUCCCUCUGCAACGGCGACAGUCCCGGCCCAGUACAGAAGAACCUGCACAACCCCAUUGUACAGUCACUAGAGGAUCUUGAAGACCAAAAACGGAAAAAGAAGAAAGAGAAGAUGGGAUUCGGCUCCAUCUCGCGCGUCUUCGCCAGAGGGAAGCAGCGGAAGUCCCUCGACCCCGGCCUCUUUGAUGAUUCCGACAGCCAGUGCAGCCCCACGCGGCAGAGCCUCAGCCUGUCGGAGGGCGAGGAGCAGAUGGACCGGCUGCAGCAGGUGGAGCUGGUCAGGACCACCCCCAUGUCCCACUGGAAGGCCGGCACUGUCCAGGCCUGGCUGGAAGUGGUCAUGGCCAUGCCCAUGUACGUCAAGGCCUGUGCGGAGAACGUGAAGAGCGGGAAGGUGCUGCUGAGCCUGAGUGACGAGGACCUGGAGCUGGGUCUGGGCGUGUGCAGCUCUUUGCACCGACGCAAACUCCGGCUGGCCAUCGAGGACUACCGCGACGCCGAGGCGGGCAGGAGCCUGUCCAAAGCCGCUGACCUGGACCAUCACUGGGUGGCCAAGGCCUGGCUGAAUGACAUCGGGCUGUCCCAGUACUCUCAGGCCUUCCAAAACCACCUGGUUGACGGGCGAAUGCUGCACUCCCUGAUGAAGCGGGACCUGGAGAAGCACCUCAAUGUGUCCAAGAAGUUCCACCAGGUCAGCAUCCUGCUGGGGAUUGAGCUGCUGUACCAAGUGAACUUCAGCAGGGAGGCCCUCCAGGAGCGCCGCGCCCGCUGCGAGACACAGAACAUAGAUCCCGUGGUCUGGACCAACCAGCGGGUGCUCAAGUGGGUGCGGGACAUUGACCUGAAGGAGUAUGCGGACAACCUGACCAACAGCGGCAUCCAUGGUGCCGUGUUGGUUCUGGAACCCACGUUCAACGCCGAAGCCAUGGCUACUGCCCUGGGCAUCCCCAGCGGGAAGCACAUUCUCCGGAGACACCUGGCAGAGGAGAUGAGCGCCAUCUUCCACCCAGCCAACUCCUCAGGCAUCCGGGAGGCCGAGCGUUUCGGAACACCCCCAGGGAGGGCCUCCAGCAUCACCCGGGCGGGGAAGGAGGAGAACAGCGGGGGUAUCAAGUACAAGGCUGGCCGGCUGCCCCUGGGGAAGAUAGGAAGGGGCUUCAGCAGCAAAGACCCCGAUUUUCAUGACGACUAUGGCUCUCUUCAAAAUGAAGACUGUGGAGACGAUGAUCCCCACGGCAGGCUGGAGCAGUGCCGUCCGGAAGGCUACAAUGGCCUCGAGGUCACCAACGUGUGUGCACAUCAGUGCCCUCAUUGAGGUGAAUCUUGCAGAGAAAGUCAUCAAGGUGGUGGAGAGAACCCCCAGCCCUUUUCCUGACUCUGCCACUGUUCUGCUAUGUGGCUUCUUCCCAGUGGCCCCACCUCUCUGUGCCUCAACGUCUUCAUCUACAAUACUCCAGGUUCCCUCCCAAGGAUGCUAUGAGAAUUAACACUUGCUAAUGUCUAUAACACACUUUGUAACCUCUCAGGAGACAGGUGGGAAGGUAUGGGGACAGAAGAAAGCACCCGAUUUCCCAUUUAUGACACAGAACUGACAUUGAACUAGUCCCUCUGCAACUGUGUUCUGGUUGGGGCCACGUGCAAAAGGAGGACAAGGAAUGUCUAAUGUUCAGACUCUCUAGAGCCCCCAAUAAGGCUUGACCAAAGAGAGAGAGAGAAAAGUCCACGUACACCACCCUGGAAAAUCGUUCCAAUUGAUGUGUUCAGGAUUGAGUCUGUUGACCUCGGUGCUGAGUGAUGAUUUGGGAGGGAUGAAAUGCAUUGGGGUUCUACGGACACUUGGGUUAUCAGAGAGAAUCUUUUGUCGGGACCACAACAUUGAAGCCAUUCGCCCAAGAGUCAGUGAGAGGUCUGAAUUCCCAAGACUUGAACAGGUAGGUGUCAGCCUCUGAGAAUCAUCAAAGCACAUGUUCUUCAACCCAAUGAACCGUUUCCCCUCAUAGGAAAAGCCUAAACCGAGGCCUGAUGAACUUGAGAAUGAUUCCUCCCCAACGCCGAAGACCAUGGAUUUCUCUCUGACCUUAGGAUAAGCACAGCUUUUCUUGCCCCUGGAGACCAAACGCCUAGACGGUGGACAAGUGGAUGGCUCCCCUUUCAUUUGACUAUUUAGCCUCCUAGGGUCACAUCUCCAAUUCCAGGGCCUGAGGGAGAAGCUCUGGUAUCUAACAUGACUUUGCUGAGGUUCCAAACUCCAGGAUCUUAAUGACAUGCAGCCACACAUGGGGCCUGAAGAUGCAGAGCCCACAGCCUGGAGGGGGGCUCCCCUCUAACCUGAUGCCACAGGUCCCUCCCAAGCCAGCAUCCAGGCUGGGUGACCCAGGACCCCAGGAUCUGCCUCUUGGAAGCAGCAAACCAGGCGGGAAAUUAUUCCCACAGGGUGAGGGAGGAUGGCACGAGGGGGCCCACAUGCAGCUCUGACUAUUUAAAGCCAACAUUUGUCAGAAAUGAAGCUGGCACUCCCCCCCCAUUCAUUCCCAUUGGGGAUAAGAUGGGCAAGUGGACAAUUUGGGGGGUUACUGGUAGGGAUGACAUUGCCCCCCAGAUUUGCAGCGCUAGGCCAGCAGGCCUGGGGCAACAUGGACAACUUCGAAAGCACCUUUCAGUCCAAAUGGUACCCUAAGGCACAUUCUCUCCCGCCCGAUGCUCCCACCCUUGGCAGCCAGCUGAGUGUUUGGAACUGGCUUUUCAACACGAGGACAGGUUGGUUGAUAAAUUAACAACCUCCACACAGAGUCAGAUCAGGUGAGCUUUGUCUGCUGAAAAAAAAUCCCAGACGUCAGCCCUGCUUCAAGGGUGGGCAAGAAGAGCAGGGGUGCAGAGGGACUUAGCAGAGAGAUUCUGGUAGUGAACUGACUAAGGCUGACGGAGCGGCCACCUACAGAACAGUGACCUGCCAUGUCCUGUCCAAAGGGCCCGAGUUGUGGUCUUGGGCCUUAAAGGGUGAUAGGGCUUCCAGACCUGGGAAAGCAUGAACGUGCUUCUUGGAGAGGUGUCCUCUGCGCCCGUGGGUGCUAGCCCCUUAAGAAGAGGUAGUUGGUGCCAGAGGUUGGGGAGAACCCCAGUAGGCAGAGACACCCCGUAUUUCUCCGAGAAGCUGGGGGCCAGAGCCCUCAGAAGGCACCUGCCCAGCAGACUCUCAGCUUCCUGACCCCAGACCCCUCUGAAAGGCCCCUUUGUCAUUAGCUGCGCAAAGCUUCUCUCCUAGAAAUCUGUCUGUCUGUCACCAGGGCCCAGGCUCUAGGAGGCAGGAAGAAGCCACAUGAAAACCUGGAGCAGAUGCGGGAGAAGGGAAGGGGCCUCCGCACAGCCCAGCCGGCACGGGAGGGGGGGGGGCGGGGGGUGCUCAGAACAGUGACCUCACAUCUUGAGGCAUCGAGCAGGGCUGCAUGCGACAGAACGGGAAGAUCUGGCAGGACGAGACUUCGGUGUCCGCUGCGGGGGCACCUGGAGCCCUCUAUUUCUCCAAGCCUAGCCCGCCCCGCUUCCCGUCGAAACCUGUCCGUGCGGGCACCACCUCCUCCAGGCUCUGGCGGGCUCCCGGCAGUGGCCCGGCAAGGAACAGAAAGCCUGGGGACACAGCAACUUCCGAAGCCAGCAUUAUUACAGACGGCUGGCUGGCGAGAAGAGUUUCCCAACACAGAGGCAGCUGUGGUUACAAAGGGAACAAGGUUAUCCAUGAGCAGAGGUGAUGUCCCUGGCCUUUCAGUUGCUUGUCACAGCCCCGUGUCUUCCCAGGGGUAAAUUUUAACACUGUAACAAUAAAUACUACUGCACAGCGCUCGACUGAUCAGCCUGUUCCUCUCAUUUAAUCUUGCCAACAGCCGCUUUGAGAGAGAUUACCGACCCAUUUCCUAGAUGGGGAAACUGAGGUUGGGGAGGCGGAGGAGCUUACUCGGCUCCAUAAAGCUAAGAAUUCCCAAGGCAGGGACUC